AUGAAAGAAUUAUUAAACGAAGACUACGAAUAUCUGAAACUUUGGGCCAAGCAAGACGAAAAUGAAGAACUUAUCACCGAUUUUUCCAAACGAUUAUCUGGCGAACAGUGGCACCAUCAUUGUGCUUACAAGGCAAAGAAUGCAUUUACUGCAUUUAAAAAGAAGCGCAGGGGAAUAAUUGCAUUGACAACCAUCCAUCUAGGCAAUAUUUUCUUAACAGCAUUCUCAGCAGGUGCAUAUGGUCCAAUUGCAGCUGUUGCUUCAGCUGUUGCCCAAGCAGGAGGUGAUGCUGCAGCAUCUGCAGUCAUUGAAGCAUUACUAGAAGGCUUGAUAGAAGCGGGAAUAGAAAGUGGUGAAAUUACUAUUGAACUACUUGCAACUCUGACUAACGAGUAUUAUGAUAAUUAUAAAAAAGUUAUCGAAAAAUUGGAUGAAAAGGAACAUUAUUCAUAUGACGAAGUAAAAGGAAUUUUACCAUAUCCAGGCAGACUUUAA